AUGAUGGAAAAAUAUUCCGCUGACUUAGAAGAUCAAGUACGCGUUCGUACAGAAGAAUUGGAAACUGAAAAGAAAAAGACCGAGUUACUAAUCGCAAGAAUGCUUCCUCCUGUUGUUGCUGAAACUUUAAUGUCUGGUAAACCUGUUUGUCCUGAAGCAUUUGAUGAAGUCACAAUCUACUUCAGUGAUAUCGUUGGUUUUACUACAAUAUCUGCAUUGUCUACACCAUUUCAAGUUGUUGAUCUAUUAAACGAUCUUUAUACAAUGUUUGAUUCAACAAUUGACUUUUAUGAUGUAUAUAAAGUUGAGACAAUUGGAGAUGCGUACAUGGUUGUUUCUGGUUUACCUAUACGUAAUGGUCAGUUACAUGCAGGAGAAAUAGCUACGAUGGCUUUAGAUCUGUUAAGUCAAUGUGGAACAUUUGUUAUUCGUCAUAUGCCGGAUGUACCACUUCGUUUACGCAUUGGAUUGCAUUCAGGAUCAUGUGUUGCUGGUGUGGUUGGAUUAACUAUGCCUCGAUAUUGUUUAUUUGGAGAUACAGUGAACACUGCAUCAAGAAUGGAAUCAACAGGAUCGGCUUUUCGUAUUCAUGUUAGUCCAACCACCAAAUCUAUUCUGGAUAUUUUGGGUGGUUAUUAUUUACAAUUACGUGGUAAAGUGGAGUUGAAAGGCAAAGGUUUAGUGGAUUCGUUUUGGUUAAUUGGAAAAGAUAAUUUCAACAAACCCCUACCUGAUCCUCCACCAUUAACUGAAGGAGAUAAUCAUGGUUUGGCAUCUUUACUUAAACCAGAAGAAAUAAAAGCAAUGGCUGAAAAAAAUAAAGCCGACAGUAUUGAAUCAGCUGAACAGUUGAAAAGUGAGAAUAUUCAAACCACUGAGGAACAAACACAUGAUAAUAAUUCACCCAAACGAAAAUCUAGUAAUUUCUCAGUUCAUUUUACUGGAGAAAACUCCAAUCGACCUAAUUCAUCUUCGCAAAAUGUUGAACGAAAUAAAACUGAUAAAACACGUCGUAGAUCAAAUAAAGGUCCACUGCCACCAGUCGAUUAAUGAAACAGAAUGAAUUCUGAAAAUACUUAAUAUGCGAAAAUUUGUAGAAUAAGCUUAUGCUUUUAAAUAAUAAUAUGAUAAUUGAUUUGUUUAUAAAUAUUUAACUUUGA